AUGAGGCCUUUCUUCGAUUCUGACAUUGUCGUAAACUUUACUCUCUCUGAAGAAGUAAUACAAAGAGAAAAAAAAAUUAUAGAAAAUAAUAAAAGAGCUAUACACGAAUUUCAGAAAGAAAAAUUACUACAAGAAGGAAAAAAAAAUUGGGAUAAAUUUUAUAAUCAUUAUAAAACAAAUUUUUUUAAAGAUAGAAAAUGGAUUAAAGUUGAGUUUGAUCAUAUUUUUAAAGAUGGGGAGUUACAAAAUGAUUCUAAGAAUUGUGAAAAAGAAAAAAGGAAAACAAUUUUAGAAAUGGGAUGUGGAGUAGGAAAUACAUUAAUUCCGCUUUUGUUAGAAUAUGAUAAUUGUGAUUUUAUUGGAAUAGACUUUUCCAAAAAUGCGAUAAAUCUAUUGAAUGAAAAAUGGGAAAAAAUUGUUCAUAUAAAUGAGACGUUAAAAAGUGAACAAAUGAAUGAGCCAAAUAUAAAUCACUCAUUAUCUCUUAGAGACGUUGAUAAUGUUGAAAAUGGUGAAGGCAAUAAUGUUUCAACAGAAAAUGAAGACCAGGGAGAAGAGGAAAACUAUUCAUGCAUAUACGAUUUAAAAGAGUAUAAAAAAUUGGGGAAGUUAAUAAAAACAUCAGUAGUAGAUAUAACAUCAGAUAGCGAAGUCUCAAGUGAUUUGAAUGAAUUGGGACUUGUUGAUGUUGUUUUACUUAUAUAUGUUUUAUCUUCUGUUUCACCAGAAAAAAUGAAAAAUGUAAUUUUAAAUUCAUAUAAAUAUUUAAAAAGUGGUGGUUAUGUUUUAUUAAGAGAUUAUGGAUUAUAUGAUUUAACACAAGUUCGGUUUGCUAAUAAGAAAGAAAAAAAAAUUUCAGAUAAUUUUUAUGUUCGUGGUGAUAAAACAUUUGUUUAUUUUUUCACGACAGAAGAACUUCGUAACUUGUUUUGUCAUAAUGAUAUGUUUGAAGAAGUUCAAAAUAAAUAUAUUACUCGGAUUGUUAAAAAUCGAAAAAGAAAUUUAGAAAUGAAAAGAAUAUGGGUGCAAUCCAUUUUUAGAAAAAAAUAA